AGCGACAGGCGCGCUCAUCUCGAUGGGACUGAAGACCGGAGAAGGGGGAGAAGAUCACCCGGUUUGCGUCCGUCAGGGAGCCACAGACCGUGGGGAAGGAUGCUCGUGAAGAGUCUCUCCGCGGGCAGCACGACUUAAAAAGCUGCGGUCCAUCCAUCUGGACACUUUUCACAUUUACUCUCACGCCUUUCUCUUUGAUAAGGAAGAGAAGAAUCCAGGCGGGCGUCUUCCAGCUCACAUUCAUCUCUAUUUAACCCCAGUUUGACGACAGGUCGGGGUCUCGUUUGGACACGAUGUGGAAGACCGGGAUCCUCCUGCCGCUGCUGCUGGGGGUGCUCUCAGCGUCCGGCGAACUCCAGCAAGAGACGGAGCCGCGGAGACUCCCACCCCCGGGAAAGUUGGAUUUCGGUUAUGUGCCUGCGGGAGUUUACGAGACACUGGCCCAUUACGAACCGGGACCGAUAGGGAUUCUGUUCCACAUGGUUCACACUUUUCUGUACGUGGUGCAACCCAACGCUUUUCCACAAGAUCUCAUUGUCAAACUGGCAAAGGACAAGUUUGGAGCCAUUCAGACGGAAUAUCAAAAGCCAGAGAACAUAGUGCUGACCCUUCAGGCCAUCUACUACGAGAUAGGCUUCCUCGUGUGUGCGGCGGUGGGCCUGCUGUUCGCCGUUCUGAUGCCGAUAGUUGGUCUCUUCUUCUGCAUGUGUCGCUGCUGUGACAACUGUGGCGGCGAGAUGCACCAGCGCCAGAGGAAGAACGCAGACUGUCGGCGUGGCCUGCUGGGAACGCUGCUCUUCUCCACCUCACUGGUUAUCACGAUCGGGGUGCUGUGCGCGUACGCUGCCAACCAGAACCUGAGCUCUCAGGUGAAGAACAUACGCAGACUGGUCAACAGCAACAUGAGGGACUUGCACACCUUUGCUAACGACACACCGAUGCAAAUUGAUUACCUAAUAUCCCAAUACGCCACAGCCAAGAAGAAAGUCAUCUAUGACCUAAAUCAUAUAGGCCCACUGCUGGGUGGAAGGAUACAUGAUCAGCUGGAUAAGGAGGUCCAUCCCGCCUUGGACCAAGUGCUCAAUAUGGCUGGAGCCAUGCGAGAAACCAAGGAGGCCCUGGAGAACGUCAGUGUGUCUCUGGAGGUCCUCCAGGAGGGAACUGGGAAGCUCAACUUCAACCUGAGCCUGGUCCGGACCAGCAUCAACCGCACCCUCAACGACCCCGGCUGUCAUGACGAGGAGUCGGACGCCACCACUGCCCAGCUGUGCCGCAACAUCCGCCAGUCACUGUCCCAGCUGCAGAUCAGCGCCAACUUCACGCGGCUGCCCAGAGUGAACGCUCAGAUGGAGAAGAUGAACGAUGUAUUGAGAACAGACCUCAGCGCCAUCGUCCAGAAGGGUUAUUCCUCUCUGAACGACACGCCACACAUGGUGAUAGAACAGACCAGGAGUGUCGUGGAGAAUGUACAGAAUUUGGUGGACGGCAUCGGCAACAAUAUCAGCAGCUUCUCCAAGGCAUUCCCGGUGCAGAGCAGCCUGUCCAACUUCACCAUCUUCAUCAGCCAUGCCCAUGCUAAGAUUGAGGACUACUACCCUGAAAUUGACAAAAUGGACUUCUACAGGUGGAUCGGCUGCAUCGCUCUUUGCUGCAUGGUGGUCCUGGUCCUGGCCUUCAACUACCUAGGCCUGCUGUGUGGCACCCUGGGAUACGACAAGCACGCCUCGCCUACGACGCGGGGCUGCAUCUCCAACACGGGAGGAACGAUGCUCAUGGCCGGCGUCGGAUUUAGCUUCAUCUUCUCCUGGGUGCUGAUGGGAGUGGUGACCGUCAUAUUCCUGGCCGGAGGGAACAUCGAGAAACUCGUUUGCGAUCCCUUCCACACCAAAGAGCUCUUCAAGGUCGUGGACACCCCAUAUCUGGUCAACCCGGAGUGGAAGAACUUCAUCCCUGGCUACAUGUACAACGACUCGGAGCUCGAGCUGACGGCUGAGAGCUUGUACAGUACUUGCAAAGAGAACAAAGGCAUCUACUUGGCCAUGCGUCUGGACAAAGUCUUCAACAUCUCCUCCUUCCUGAACACGACGGUGUUUACUAAGGAUGUGGUGGGUCAGCUGGACAGCGUUAAGAUCGACCUGAGAGGAAUAAUCCUGUUAGAGGCAGAGGGGAAGCAGAACCUCCAGGAUUUUGCUGAUGCGGGGCUGUCAGAAAUCAAUUACGCCGACUAUCUGGAAGAGGUGAAUAAAGGAGUGACUGUUGUGGACCUGCUCUCCUAUGCCAGAGAGCUGGAGGCCCAGACAGACCUUAUGCCCAGAGGCCCUCUGCAGAGCGCUCUGAAGGGCCACAUCGGCACUCUGCGACAGAUCCACACUCAACAGAUCUCCCCCAUGGAGCAGUCCAUGAAAUAUGUUAGAGCGAGGAGCGCGUUGAAUCAGAGCAUGAGGUUCCUGGAGAGAACGGCCUCGGAUCUGCCGAACAAAGUCUUAGCGGUUCUCGAUGCCAUUGAAGCUGCCCAGUAUCUCAUCUCCCAGAAUGCUUCACAUUUAAUCAAGCGGGAAACAGGAAAAUACACAGCGACCAUAGUUGGCUACUUCCACCAAUACAUAGAAUGGGUCAAAACAUCUCUGGCCAUGGAGGUCGCACAGUGCAAGCCCUUCAGCAACAUGGUGGACACGACGGAAAUCAUAACCUGUAGCUUCUUGGUCGACUCUAUGAACACUUUCUGGAUGGGCCUGGGCUGCAGCACUCUCUUCCUGCUGCCCAGCAUCAUCCUGGCAGUGAAACUGGCCAAGUACUACCGCAGGAUGGACACAGAGGAUGUUUACGAUGACAUUGAGACAAUUCCCAUGAAAACUAUGGAAAUUGGUAAUAAUGGUUAUCAUAGUGAGCGUUCACAAGGUAUCCCAAAUCCUAUGAUGACAAGCAUCCCUACCUAUGACACUAUGAACAGGUUCCCGCGGGCCUCGGCUCCUCCGAGGCACAUCGACUGGUGACAGAGAGCCGGCUCUUGUCCUGGCUCCUGAAAGCUUGUUUUAGUCCUUUUUCUGCUUCUACAGUGACUUUGCAGGAAAACCAUCAUGUGCCCUCGAAAACUGGAACUAAAACACCGUACGUCUCACAAUCCCUCGGACCAGACGAAGAUCAAUGAAAGCUGGUUUCCUUUACGACAGAAAUACAACACACAAAGCCCUGCAGGUUAUCUACAGCGAUCGACUCUACCGGGCCGAUCACGGCCCAGGACAGUUACCCGCUCUCCGACGCCCCCCCACCCCCUCCAAGAAACCCUGCCUGCAGGACAUCAAACUCUUCUCCCUCAGCAUCAAUCUGAGCCAGGCUUGUUCUGCAUUUUUCAAAGAACUGCUGUGUCUGCGUUUACAUUUGUUCAGACACAAAACCAAGCUGAAAAUACAUUCAGCGGGAGGACAUGACAAUAAAUGUGAUGCCUGUUCAUUUUAAUGUACUUGUUUGUGCUUAAGAAAACCGUGGCUGAAAGGUCACCCGAAGGUCAUGGCUAGCUGCUUUAUCUCCUGCACUUAAAAUGGAUGUAUCGCAUUCAACACAAGCAAAUGUUAAAGGGGGAAGGUGCAGAUUAACAUGAAAUAUGAUGUGUUUAAAACAAAAAAACUAAACAAAAAAAAAAGCACUGUUUUGUUGAAGAUGGCGCGUCCUUUUUAAGUGCAGCCUGUAUGAGUUGGUGGGUGUGUGGUACCUUAAUGACUGAGAAAUGGGGAGGGAAAAAAAAUACAAAAAAAAACAAAAACAGGCUGUUACCGGGUGGAUUUUUGGGUUUUAUUAUGGAAGAAAUUUAGCACGACUUUUAAAAAUGUUUACAAUAUUAUGAAACAUCCAGAGAUUGACGUCUGUGUUGGUUUGGCGCACAUUGAAAAUGACUGGUUGCCUUUCAGAAGUAUGUUUCACGCUGGCAUUUUGACACAGAUGCUCCUUCUUAAAAGGGAAAGUCCACCAUUAGAUGCUCUUACGCUGUUAGAAAUCACCAGUCUGUGAUGGAAUUAUUGUGCGGUGUAAAGAUUAAAAUAUACUCUUAUUUUUAUAGCAUAUUCAUUUAAUUGUCAUUUUGUGCCGGGAGUUAAUUUCCUACAUUUCCCAGAAUGCCUCUAAACCGCCCAGAAAUUAGUUUUUUUGCUUCAAUUGAUUCUAGUCUACUAAGGCUAAUGUCAAUAUGUCUGUUUCUUUUUAGCGAUUGCUAAGUUUUUAAAUAUUGAACAAAAUGCUGACAUUUUGUUUUGCCUAGUUGCCCUUUAAAAUGAAGCAGUGUCAAGGAGCAGAAAGAAAUUUAACCAAAGAGUAUUUUUCCCUGCACAAAUGGAUUUAUUUGAAGUUUUUGGCACCUAAAAACUUAAGACAGCAGUAUUUUAUUUAUAUUUUACUCUAUGCAACAGAAAUAUAUUUUUACUUAUUUCUUUCCUGUGUUGUUAAUCACCUUUGGAUCACUGAGAUUUAUUCUGUGACCCUUGAGCGGGCCAACCCGUUAGAGUGAAAGCUACUCUUUGUUUUAUAGACCUUUAAAAGUCUAUUAUUUUUAUUUUUUACAUUCCUGAAAAGAUGUAUUAUUACCUGUUGCAGAAAUAUCUGACCUUAACAUCCUGUCAUUACAAUCAUAGUCCAAUAAUAAACCACCAAACAACAACAAAGCUGAUCAGUAAUUUAAGCUACAUCACCAAAUAGUGUUUUUGUAACAGUGUAAGUACUUUAGGUGGAUUUUCCCUUUAAAAAAUCACAGAAUAAACUCAGAGCUUAACUGCUUAAUAUAUAUACUAUGACGACAGUGUAGGUUUGAUGGAGGUGGAUUGAUUAACAAAACAAGCUAUCAUGUUGAGUUCACUAACAUGACAUUUUUACUGAGAUCUUUCUUGCUUUCAUAGAAACUUUUAAAGUGGAGAAUUACUUUCUCAAGCCAAAUCUCUUUUCUUUUUUUUUCUUUUUUACUGUAGGUCUCAGGUCUUUAGUGGUCUAUCAUUUAUGUGCUUAUUUUGUUCCUGCUUUUUAAAACCCCACAGUAGCUAUGGAUACAUUUAAGACUAUUGAACAAAUGAAUGUAUUCAAGAGCUAUUUUUUAUUUUGUAUCGCUUGAUUUGGCUGUCGGUUGAGAAAUAUGCUGAAAUCUAUUUCAAACGCAUCGGGCAAGCCAAUCCAGUUAUCCCAUCCACCUCGCCUCCAUGUUUACAGAUUAGAUCUGCAGCUGCUGUCAGCGUAGUAAUGAUGGUGAAAGAUUAGACAAUCCAUUCAUGGGACAAGUGAGCACUGUCAAUCAAAUUGAAUGCUUGAAGAAUGCUUUCUGGUUUACUUGGCGGGUGUUGAUGCACACUGUGAAAAAAUAAUGUCCAUCUUAACAUUGAAAGUUAUUUAAGAUGUCUUGCUAUUGUUUUUGAGCAGUGCAACAAAGGAAUAACUUAUACAAUAGCCUCUAAUGUAACGCCUAAAAAAAUAAUAUUUCAUUUUUAAUCCAGUAAAAAAACUGCAGGCUACAAGGUGAAAUAAGUAACAUUAGAGUUUUAAUCUUCUCUCUUCAUUUGAUGACUUCGAGAACGUGCUUACCGGCUUUUGCAAUAACUUGCAAUAGCUAGUAAUUUGAUGCACUAGCAUAUCAUCAUAAUAUCAGCUGACUAGCAUUGAAAAAUAGUGGCAAUUUUUGGCAGCGCUAAUGCAAUCCAGGCUAGUUGCUACAGCUAGUAAGCUAACUAGCCUUUGUGUUUUACAUAACCCUCACUAAUUCACAUUGUAUGACCAUUUUUAACAUACAUUACUUUUACGUUACAAAUUAAUCCAUCUAUUGAAUCCAGCACAGGUUUAAUUGUUUUAAGUAAAAAUCAGUCAUCACAUUCCUGGCCAGUUAGCUAGUUAGCUUAUGUGUAGCUACAGCUAGUGGGAAAGUUUGCGAUCUGUUCUGGUUUUGGGGCGCAUUGCAAAUGACUGGUUGCCUGUCAGAAGUACAAUCAUCAUCCUAACAUUUUACAAUACACAAUAUAAUAAAAAUAACGUCAUUCUUGACAUUAAACUUUUGGAUUUGAAGUGUGGUGUUUGAAUACACCAGCAGUGCACCAGCAGUUAGCCUAACUACCCCAAAUUUAAGGAUUUACAUUAAUACAAAUGUGAUUUCAUGUCGAUUCAUCUGUAAGUGGGGUGAAAUUUAUAGUUUAAUUUUCUCUCUUGAUUUGAUGAUUUUAAGAAAGUGCUAACAGGCUUUUGUAAUAACUGAUGCUAGUUAAUUGAUCCAAUAACAUCAACUGAUUAGUAAUAUUUCACCUCCUUUAUAUUUUUUAUGGCAACACAAACACAAUCCAGCUACUUGCUACAGCUACUAAGAUACCUAACCCUAUUCACAUUUUUAUCACCAUUUUUAAAAAUACAUUACAAAUGAACCCAUCUCUUAAAUAUAGAUGCCAGCUCACUACUCAUUGUUUUACAUAAACCUAAAGUUCACACACUGCAUACAGCAUACACAAGUAGUAUAAAGAACUACUUGCCUUCUGGAUACAUUUUAAAUUCAAAAUGGUCACUUUUCUUUUUACUUGUUUCAUUGCAUUCCCCAGUUUCUUGUUAAGAUGGAUAUUUUUUGAAGCAGCUGUGUGUGCACACUUUGACAGGACUAUCAUUGGUUUUCUUGUCUGCUAGAGUCUGGAUGUGACCCUUGAGAGAGAGAGAGAAAAAAAGGGUAUGAUUUUACUAAGUGCUUAAACUAGAUAUUGUGUAUCCGAACCCUGGAUGGAUGUUGGCAGGACAGAUACAGUAACUGGUUUGAACUGUGGUGCUCCAAAGUUGGACACUGAUGGAGCCAAUGAGGAAGGAACAUUUUAUGUGGUGGUGAAAAGAAAGAGUGUAUAAAUUGUGAAUAAACUUUGGACUUCA